AUGGAAAUUAUGGCUACUAUUUAUGAAGAAAUUACAAUUAAUCUAGUUGCAUCAACUUUAUUAAAAAAUUUUUUAGAUUCAAUUAAUAAUAUAUUUAAAGUAUUUUAUGAUUCUAUUUCUUUAGGAGGUACAUUAGCUAAAUAUUUAAUACCUGUACAAGAUAUUCUAAAUCUUUAUAAUAUGUCAACCAAAAUAUCAGAACAAAAUAUUACUGGAGCUGAAUUAUUUUCUAGAAAUUUACAACAAAAUUUAUACCAACAAAUGACAAACAUUGACUUUAUUGCAUCUUGUGAUUAUAUUUCAGAUCCUAAUUCUAUUUUUGUAACAUUUACAAUUGAGCGAUCUGGAGCAAUUUAUAUUGGAGAUGAAAAGUUUGGCUUUAUUUCUUUACGAUCAGAUUCGAAUUUAUAUAUAGUUGCAGCUUUUAUUAAUGAAAAAAGACCAGAGCUGCAUUCAUUUGCUUUUGUUGAUUGGUAUAAAACAUCUAAUUAUUGUGAUCAUUUUCAUAUAUAUAAUCGUGAAACUGAUUGCUUUCAAUUUGAUGAAGAUGGAUGUGCUCAUGCUGGCAUGUUUUGUGCUGAAUUGUGGGAAAAUAGCUUUUACAAACGUUCUGUUGAAAGUAUUAUUCCUGUUCAAAAAAUUUAUUGUAGAUUUUUCAAAGCAGAUUACAAAUUACAUCGGUCAACCAAACAUAUUGCAGUUAUUCCAAUUAAUAAAAA